AUUCAAUUAUACAGUCAGUGACUCCCGUCACCUACACAUCAUCAUCAUCAUAAAACACUUCACUGAAACCCAAGUCUCUCUCUCUCUAGACCUAGACCUAGAGCAGCAGCAGCAGAACAAGAAGAACAAGAAGAAGAAUUUGGGGCAUCAUCACGAUUCUUGUUCAAACCACAAUCAAAGAAGGUUGGGUAGAGAAAGAGAAUGUGGGGGGAUGUUGAAAUCAAUAAAGAAACUGUUUUCCCUUUGCUGGAAGCCGUUUUCUGUUAAUCCCCACUCAUCUUCAUCAUCAUCUGAUGAUGGGUUCAGUAACAGCGGUGGUGGUGAUGGUGGUAAGAGAGAUCGGAAUGAUAAGUUAUUGUGGUAUAAAGAAUUAGGUAAAUGCUCAUCUGGUGAUUUCUCAAUGGCUGUUGUCCAAGCUAAUCAAGUUCUUGAAGAUCAAUCUCAGAUUGAAUCUUUUGGUGGGGAUACUACUUUUGUUGGUGUUUAUGAUGGCCACGGCGGUCCUGAUACUGCUCGUUACGUCUGUGAUAAUCUCUAUCGAAAUUUCCGCGAGAUUUCAGAGGAAGCUCGUGGUGUGACAUCUGAGACUAUUCGGAGAGCUUUUCUUGAAACGGAACAAGGGUAUACUGCUAUUGUUGACCAGCUAUGGGAUACUCGGCCGAAUUUAGCAACAGUUGGAUCAUGCUGUCUGGUUGGAGUUGUAAGUCAACAGACCCUUUAUGUGGCAAAUCUCGGUGAUUCUCGAGUUGUAUUGGGUAGAAAGGUUGGCAAUACUGCAGGAGUUGCUGCCAUUCAAUUAUCAAGCGAACACAAUGCUAACAUGGAGGAAGUGAGACGAGAACUUAGAGAAUUACACCCAGAUGACCCUCAAGUAGUUGUUGAAAAACAUGGAGUUUGGCGAGUAAAAGGCAUUAUUCAGGUAUCGAGAUCUAUAGGUGAUUUAUAUUUGAAGGAUAACAAGUAUAACACUGAGCAAAUCCUUGGAAAGUUCAGACUGCCUGAACCUAUGCAGAAACCUGUCUUGAGUGCGGACCCAGCUGUUAUGUCUCUUCCUCUUCAACCGAAUGAUUUGUUCCUUAUAUUUGCUUCUGAUGGCCUUUGGGAACACUUGAGCAACGAGCAAGCUGUGGAAAUCGUUCACAGGAACCCACGAGCAGGAAGUGCUAGAAUACUUCUAAAAGCAGCGCUCCAGGAAGCGGCUAGAAAAAGAGAAAUGCGUUAUGAAGAUCUCCGCAGGAUUGACAAGAAGUUUUGGACAGGGAUUCAGAGAGCCAGCAACUGUAUACAGGUUUCGUCAGGGAGUCAGAAAGCCAGAGUGCAGGACAAAGAAGAUAUCUGCAGGAUUGAAGAGAAGGAUAUGCGCGAGUACCAUGAUGAUACAACCGUCAGCAUUCACAAAGACAAAGAAGAUCUUUGCAGGAUUGACAAGCAACAUAGGCGCACGUACCAUGAUGAUAUAACCGUCAUCAUUCUUUUCAUGAAGGAUGAUGAAAAGAAUGAUGACCUUGCCUCGAGAAGCUUAUUACAGGGCAAUUCCGUAUCAAUUAGAAGUCCUCUGGAGCACUGACAACAACAACAGAAGGUUUAAGAGCCAACCACAGGAAAUACAUGAAACUCAGAUCCCUUCUUUUUAUAUUUUUCUGUACAAUUUUUCUGCUAAUUUUUCUAGAGUAUGUAAUCUGAGUACCAGAGUUUAGCCGGUUUUUCUGCAGAGUGCCAAAACUGAUUUGAUCAAACAAGGGAAUAGUAAUCUUCUACUGUAGGAGCUAUUAUUAUGUAAAAAUUCGUAUGUUCGUUAGAUUACAACUACUACUUAUGAACAAUAAACGCCCAGCUUUU